AUGAAGCUCUCCCUGCUGGCUCUGGCGCCGCUGGCGGCGGCCGGCGGCGGCGCGCGCGGCGCGAUAUCGGAGACGCUGGCCGACAAGCUGCGCGACCAGGGGCUGCCCGUCGCCAUCGACUUCCUGAAUGCCUUCAAGGUCCCGGACCUGCCGGGGAGCUGGGGCAUUUGGUCGUACGGCGUCACGGACAUCGCCCUCUGGAACGUCGGCGCGGACGCGGACAUCGCGCUCUCGCCCGUGAACGGCGCGGCGGGCGCCGUGCUCACGCUCUCGAAUCUGAAGCUAUCGGUGCAGGGGCACGUCUACGUGGGACCCAUCCCGUCGCUGAGCGGCGAGGCGAGCACGAACGCGGACGGCACGUCGGCCUCCGUCGCCAUCUCCGUGACGGCAGCGAACGGCGUGCCCGCGCUCGGCCUCGGGUCCUGCUCCGCGGACGUGCAAAUCGCGGACAUCGCCGUGAACGUCGACGGGCUCGGCGUGCUCGACGGCUUGGUCGAAGUCAUCGCGGACCACUUCAAGGGCUACUUGGUCGACGCGAUCAAGGACGCCAUCUGCUCCACAGGCGCGACCGCGUUGAUCUCGAACGUGAACGGCUUUUUAUCGACGUACGAUUACGAGUGGUCGACCGCGGGCGUUCUGCCCGCGCCGUGGGACGGAGCCGUCCUGGACUACCACCUGGCGGCGCCGCCGCCCGCGGAGACGGACCCGACGCUGUACGCCGACGUCGUGGCCGAGGCCUUCGAGGAAGACGGCACCAAGUCCGGGCUCGCCGCGCCGGAGCUCCCGGAGGUCGACAUGUCGGCGCGCGACGCGUCGGUAGUUGCGACGGCCUUCCCGGUGAACACGGCGCUGUGGACGUUCUUCGCGCAGGGCGCCCUCGCCUACGACGUGCCCCGGACUUUGGUGCCCGCCGGCAAGUGGUACGACGUCGACGUGCUGUCCACGAACUCGGCGCUGUAUCGGGUGCUCAUGCCGAAGCUGCACGACGCGUACCCGGACCGGAACCUGACGCUCCGGAUCCGCGCGGCCGGCGCGCCGCCGACCGUGGAGCUCGCCGCGGGCCGUGCCCUCGUCAACGCGUCGCGCGUGGACCUGACCUUUGUCGUCGCGCCGGCGAACGCGACGGACGAUCCCGUCGAGGCGUUCACGCUGACGGGGCCCUUCUCGACGACCGCGGCCGCGGCCGCCUACACGGACGCGGACGGCGCGGCCAAGGUCAACGCGACGGUCGCGGAGGUCGACCUCGACCUCGCGGCGGGCGAGUCACACUUCGGCGACAUCGGGCCCGCGUUCCUCGCGGAGAUCUCCAAGCCCGCCGUCGCGAUCGUCAACGACGUCGCGCUGCCCAAGCUCAACGCGUUCCUCGGCGCGGGCUUCGCGCUUCCCGUCAUCGACGCGGACGUCGCGGGCUACCACCUCCACGUCGCCUUCACGGAGCCCGAGCUCGCCCUCGACGCCGGCUACGCCCUCGUCGCCACGGACGCGGACAUCAAGGCAGCCCAUUCUGCGAUGAAGCUCGGAUUACUCGCGCUCGCGGCCGCCGCCGCCGCGGGCGACAACCUGCCGCAGGUGCCCUACCACGCGCGGGGCGCUCGCACGGGCUUCAGCAUGGUGCCGCGGUCGUCCUACGCGAGCCAGACCAUGGACGUGUUCCUCGACAUGUUCUGCGAGGAUUCCAAGGCCACGUGGCCGACGCUCAAGGCCCUGGCCGCGAAGAGGCCCGACGUCGAUAUCCGCAUCCAGCUCUUCCCGCUGCCCUAUAACUUUGGGACGUGGAUCCCGGCCCAGGCCUGCACCGCGGCCGCGCUCCUGACGAACUCGUCGGCGACGUUCGUGAAAUGCGUCGACGUCAUGUACAGCGGCACGAACCAGCACGACGUCAAGACGCUCGCGCUCGUCAACGGCACGACGACGGACAUCAUCGACGCGCUCGUCGCGCUCCUCGCGGCGCCGCUCGGCAUCCCCGGCGACGAGCUCCGCAAGAACGUCGAGAGCGACAUGGAAUCCGGCCCGCCGUCCUACACGUUCACGAAGCGGUCCCUCAAGUACGGCCAGAGCAACGGGAUCUUCGCGACGCCGUCGGUCCUGCUCAACGGCGUCCAGAUCUACGGCGCCGACCACGAGCACGACGGCGUCCACGCCGAGGGCGGCUGGAUCACCAUGGCCCUCGCGGACUGGGAGGCCAUGCUCGACCUGCCGACGGGCUAUCCCGAGUUCUAA